AUGACUACUCAUCAACCACAACUAUAUUACAGACCAAUUAAUAAUACAUUCAAUUUAGUAGCAAACGAAAAAGUAUAUCGUGAAUGGGAUUAUACAGACAAUUUAUGCUGUUGUAAUAGCUCAUAUCAUACUGUUUUAACUGAUAUUCGACUUUUGACUCGUUAUCAAGAACAUGUUGGUAAUGCUGAUGAUUCAGAAUCUUCACAUACUGAUUCGGCUAUUUUCUUACGUGAUAUUAAUCAAAUUCGUGAAUGUCGUGGCGAACAACCAACUUUUUUCUUUCUUCUUUGGAUAACAUUAUUAUGUGCAUGGCCAUGUUAUCUUUGUCGUCGAGUCUUUUGUCCAAAACCAAAAUGUCUCGAAGUUUUUGGUAGAUUUGGUUCAGAAGUAGUUCGACUGAAACGAGAAGAUAUGUCAGCAGCUCAAGUCGAUAUAUCAACGGCGGUUAUCAAUAGCAAACUUGUCGGACGAUAA